UCGAAAUCGAGUCAGACGUGAACCUAAUUACCACAGCCUACUUUGAAGCGCUUCCUACACACACAUGGGAGUUGCCACAGCCAACGACGUCGGCUACGUGAUCUCCCCGGAUGACCAGCUCCAGAACGGGCUAAAUGACUAUAUCAUCUCCCCUCAAGAGCAACGACGGAACUUCUCCAUGCUGGAGACGGCAUCAGCGUCCCACAGUGACGAUGGAGGCAAAUAUGAGACUGCAGUGCUGCCGUAUCGCCCCAGUUCCGAGUCGGACACAAGCUCCGUGAAUUUCACCGAUUCACUAAUGGUCGUGGGGAAGCAGCUCCCAUCGGGGAGAGCUGUGGCAGCUCUGGAUCUCUUUGCGCGCGAGAAUAUCGGGCUGCUCAUCAACUACAUCGCGGUCGGUGCAGUACACGGACUCUUCCAAGCCGUGAUGUAUCCGUACUUGAACGUUUAUCUCAAUAUGGACGACUACUUGGCCUACUCUGCAGAGCGGUGGCUUGCAGUACCCUGGCUACUCAAAGUCUUCUUCGCAAUGCUGUCAGAUGGAGUUCCUAUCAAAGGUUCUCGUCGACGAGCGUAUAUGCUGAUCGGGUGGAUAAUUUGCUUCUUCUUUUCGUUUAUCUUGGCUGUGUUGCCGUCAGAAACGCCAUACUUGACGGACGGAGUUGUGACCAACAGUGCUGCUGCUGAAGCUGGCAACAAAUAUGUGGCAAUGUUCGUGAUCGCUACAUUUGGUUACGUCUUGGCGGAUACUGCGAGUGAUGGAAUGUUGGUGGAAUUUGCACAACUGCACCAAGCAAGCGAGCAACAGCAGAUGCAGUUCCACCACCAACAGAGAGAGCUGCAGGGUGAUGUCAAUCCGAUGCCAAUGCCUCCCCCUCGAGCGUCAGGGCCGACUUAUGUUGUCACGACACUGUUUGCAGCCCGCUAUCUCGCGCAAUUUUUGAUGAUGUUCCUCGUGACUUUCAUGUGCAAUAGCGAUUCCUACGGAGGUACAUUUGGAUGGGGAGCAUCAGUCAACAGUGCGAUGAUAAUUGCCAUCCUGGUAUCGGCCGCAACAAUCGCUUCGACGUGGUUUUUGCUGUUAGAAGACGAAAACCCGGCAGGUUACAACGUUCACAUCUUAACGCCGCGUGAGUGGAAAGCUACUGCGUACAAGCUGUUCCACCAACGCGCAAUCGUUCAGGUGAUGGCUUACACGUUCCUCUCGCGGCUAUGCUUUACAUACUACGCUACAUCAGCCAAGGCUAUCUACGAGUACUGGGCUCCAGCAGGGUCGCUAAUGACCAACAUUUUCUCGAGCUUGAAUGCUGCAGUGUUUGCGAUAGCAGCACUUCUAAUCGGACAUGGACCUACGAUGCGGCUCUUAAAGAAGCUUGGUUGGCGGCAGACUGUGGCUGGUUCAGUGGUGGUCACCGCUGGGCUCGUUCUCGUUGUGGCUCUCUUCACGGUAUUCAAUUUGGUACGCGUCGCUGGAUUGACGCUGUUUGUUGAGCAGAUCAUUGCAAUGUUCGAGGCGCUCGCGUACUUCAUGGCUCUGCUCGCCGCAGUAGCAGUCGCCGAGCCUGGACUGGAGUGUACGUCGUUCAGUUUGAUAACUACGACGGGAAAUCUCGCCGUUCCGUUCGCCAUUUCGCUGUCCCAAGCCAUCGGAGAGCAUUUCGACGUUUACGACUCAGAAAAUGAAUCGGAUUCGAGUCAUGCACGAGCACAAGCCAUGUACUGCUUCCUCGUUGCGGUAGUUAUCCGAGCGCUGCACCUUACACUGCUACCUCUACUUCCCGAUUGCGCGGAGGCUGCACGUGCCUUGAAGCUCUCGCGCUUCACUGGAAGAAAAGGCUUGGUCAUUGUGAUCGCAGCUACUGUGUGUGCAGUAUUCAUGGUUUUCUGGGCUCUGCUCACGACGACACUUUCGUCGUUUGAACGUACUUCUUGCCUCAAUGUAGCUGGUGGAGAAGGCUGCUAGCAAGAGAUACCCACAGUCUUGGAAGACUGUAUUUUAUCCUCAUUUCAUUGCUGUAUUGGUAUAAGAGGAAUUUUCCAUAGCGACGUCAUUUUUGCAAUGUGAAUCACUGCUAGCCGUGAUACGUCGCUGAAGCUGAGACUGAAUGACGACACAUCACUUCAUUGAAUAUGAUCCAGCAUACACAUACACAGCACUUACUUAGCUCGAGUUCAGUGUGUCUGCGAUGGCCUGGAUCCAGAACGCAGCGGCCUUGGCUCCAGGGUCAGGGAUGCCAGCGCCAA